AUGAAGGGAGAUUUCUACAGCUCGCUGCCCAUGUUUAUAAUCGGGUUCAUGGCGCUCGCAAUCAGCUUCUUUAUCGCUAUGUUCACCCUUCUUCAACACCUUCUUCACUACACCGCCCACAGACUUCAGCGUUACACAGUGCGAAUCCUAAUAUUUUUGCCCAUAUACGGAGUUCUGACGUACACGUUGCUGAUUUUUCCGAGGCUGUUUGACCUGUUGUCCAUGCUCCGGAACGCCUGGGAAGGGUUUCUCAUCCACUCGUUCCUGUUUCUAAUGCUCGAGUACUGCGGGGGCGAGAGCGCGUGCGGGGAGGCCAUAUCGAAGCACCCCUCGAUCAUUCAGCAUUUGUGGCCGCUGAGGCUGAUAAGCGUCUUCGGCCUGAACGAGGACAUUCCGCUCAACGUCGGCUUCGUGAAGCGCUCGAAGAUGUGUACGAUCCAGUACGCAAUCAUGCGUCUGAUCUUCUCGAUGCUGCUCAUCGGAGUGCACAUAUCGGGGUACAAGUGGUCGGGCUUCUUCUCAAUAUCGUCCACAGUCAUUCUGAGCGUGAGCCUGUACGUGGCGCUCUACUCGCUCGGCCUGUUCUAUCUGGCUAUCAGGGACCACCCCGCCCUCUCCAGGGCCCACUCGCUCACAAAGUUCUUCUCCCUGAAGCUGUGCUUUGCCCUCUCCUUCUACCAGGGCCUCAUCCUCGACCUGUUCCUGCUCGGCCUCACCGACAGAUCGAUCCGCAUAAAGUCGUUCGUGCUCCUUCUGGAGACCGUCGCCUUUGCGCUGGUGCAGCACCGAGCUUAUCGUAUUACUGAGUUUUACCCGAUCACCUACUCCAAAGAGUCCGGCAGGAUGACCCGGCUGGAGAAGUUCAAUCGCUACUUGUCCUUCUGCCUCGACGACCUGAAGGCGAUGAAGACCACGCAGGGCAUGAGCACCAUCAUCACCAACGCCGGCAACGCCCUCAACCUCUCCGACUUCUUCAAGGACACCUACUACAACAUUAGUGAGAAGUACAAGGAGCACUCGAUCUUCGUGUCCGAGAACAUCGUCAACUCCGACAUAGUGGUGGACGGGGCUCCCGGCGGCGACCUCGAGAUGAAUCACAUGGACAGUUCUCUUAGCACGAGCGCCACCCCUGUCGCCUCCGAAUCAGCCAAAAAGGCAGGCAGUGAAGAAAAUUUCGCUGAUUUCAAGAAGGUCAACGACUCAAUCAACAACGAUCAACGCUGCAACGAGAUUUCAAAGCUACAGUUCAUCUAG